UUCCGCUGUCAUGGCAGCCUGAGGUCCCCGGAGGGAGUCGGUGCGGCGGCUGCAGGCCCCUCCCUGCGGAGCCGCGGGUCGGGCGCGCGGGGAUGUGACGGCGGGCCCGGUCGGCCUGGCCCAGGCGUGCGGUCCACUGCCGUGUCAGCCAGCGCCCUCAGCCCGCGGCGAUGGCGGGGUCCGGCUGUGCGUGGGGCGCCGAGCCGCCGCGCUUCCUGGAGGCCUUCGGGCGGCUGUGGCAGGUACAGAGCCGCCUGGGGAGCGGCUCCUCGGCCUCCGUGUACCGGGUGCGCUGCUGUGGCACCCCGGGCUCGCCCCCCGGCGCCCUCAAGCAGUUCCUGCCUCCGGGGACUACCGGGGCCGCCGCCUCGGCUGCCGAGUACGGCUUCCGCAAAGAGAGGGCGGCUCUGGAGCAGCUGCAGGGCCACAGGAACAUCGUGACUUUAUAUGGAGUCUUUACAAUUCACUUCUCUCCGAAUGUGCCAUCACGGUGUCUGUUGCUUGAACUCCUGGAUGUGAGUGUAUCGGAAUUGCUUUUAUAUUCCAGUCACCAGGGUUGUUCAAUGUGGAUGAUACAGCAUUGUGCCAGAGAUGUUCUGGAAGCCCUUGCUUUUCUUCAUCAUGAAGGUUAUGUCCAUGCAGACCUCAAACCACGUAAUAUUUUGUGGAGUGCAGAGAAUGAAUGUUUUAAACUCAUUGACUUUGGACUAAGCUUCAAAGAAGGUAAUCAGGAUGUAAAGUAUAUUCAGACAGACGGGUAUCGGGCUCCAGAAGCAGAACUUCAAAAUUGCUUGGCCCAAGCUGGCCUGCAGAGUGAUACAGAAUGUACCUCAGCUGUUGAUCUGUGGAGCCUAGGAAUCAUUUUACUGGAAAUGUUCUCAGGAAUGAAACUGAAACAUACAGUCCGAUCUCAGGAAUGGAAGGCAAACAGUUCUGCUAUUAUUGAUCAUAUAUUUGCUAGUAAAGCAGUGGUGAAUGCUGCAAUUCCAGCCUAUCACUUACGAGACCUUAUCAAAAGCAUGCUUCAUGAUGAUCCAAGCAGAAGGAUUCCUGCUGAAAUGGCAUUGUGCAGUCCAUUCUUUAGCAUUCCUUUUGCCCCUCAUAUUGAAGAUCUGGUGAUGCUCCCUACUCCAGUGCUAAGAUUGCUGAAUGUGCUGGAUGAUGAUUAUCUUGAAAAUGAAGAGGAAUAUGAAGAUGUUGUAGAAGAUGUGAAAGAAGAAUGUCAGAAAUAUGGACCAGUGGUAUCUCUGCUUGUUCCAAAGGAAAAUCCUGGCAGAGGACAAGUCUUUGUUGAGUAUGCAAAUGCUGGUGAUUCCAAAGCUGCUCAGAAGUUGCUGACUGGAAGGAUGUUUGAUGGGAAGUUUGUUGUGGCUACAUUCUACCCGCUGAGUGCCUACAAGAGGGGAUAUCUGUAUCAAACCUUGCUUUAAUCAGUAACCUAAGACUUUCCUGUUUCUCCUCUUCCAUUUCUUGGAUUAUUGUAUUCUACACCUGAAUGCAGGAGCAUCCCUUUGCAAUUUUAAGGGGGUACUUGUACAUUUAUUUAAUCCUUCCAGUGUGCAGCCAGUGCCAAAGCAGUGACUGCAUUGCAAACGUUUGGCACUGAGUAGGACAAGACCUUUCAGCUAUACAUGGAGGGGUUCUAGAGCAUCCGUAUGAGCAACCUCUUCUUGUGCAGUAGGGCAGGUGCUGCUCUUCAUUAUGUAACCUAAAGAGUUAUUAAUUAUUUCAUAUGAUCAUGAAGCAAGGAUCAGUUAGAUAUCAUAGUGAAUAUUAACAAAUUCGUUAGGAUUGGUGACAUCACAGAUUAUUCCUUUAUGUUGUCAGGUGGUCUUAUUGUUGAUAUCCAUAGCUGGCACUGAAUGCUCCCAAUAAUGUUAAGUAAUUGUCAAGCAGCAGUUACCCACUGUGUUCUUAACACUGAGUUAUGAAUUUUUUUAAGGGAGUACUGUAGUACUUAAUAUUCCUUUAAAGAAACUGCAGUGAGCCUAUCAACAUUUUUUAAAUUAUUAUUAAGGCUUUUUAAAUAGAAAGCUGAUGCUUGAUCUUGCACAAUUUUUAUGUCUAGUAUGUAUGCUUGAGUGGGUAUGCAAGUGUGAAAGAUUAGAGAAAAUUUGAGUCAGUGUUGUUUAUAGUGUGAAUCUUGUGAGCUAAUACAGUCUACACCCAUCUCCUUCCUACCCGUUCCAUAUCUAUAAUAUUUAGAAUAUUGGUGUUUUUUUUUCCUUUGAUGGUUGGUCUGACUGAUAGAAUGUAAAUGACAAAAUAGUUCAUUCCUAAGAGACUUCAAAUAAAUUGGAGUCUAGACCAGGGUUACAUUGAAACUCUUUAAGUAAUUGAAACAAAAACAAAAAGUGGUACAUAUAAAUUUCUCCAUCCUUCAGUCUAGUCUCUGGAUUGGCUUAUCUAUUUUUGUCUUGAAUCUUCUGUAAUUGUAAGAUCUCUCAAAAUAUGAUUCUACUUACUCUGAUAAAAAAUUGCAGUGUGGGUUAAAAAGGAAAUUGGAUGGACAGUGAAGGGAAAAGAAAAAAAUGCAAAGAGAAGUGGAUAAUUAAGGAUCCUAUUUUUCUUCUAUUCUGCCUCUUAUCUGCCUCCCCUGUACUCUUGUUUUCUCCUCCAAUCCUUUGCCUCUGUCAUUAGCUGAAGAAACAGUAGAGGAACAGCAUCCCAGGUCAUCUGCCUUUGACUGUAGGAAGUAAAGAAAGGUGCAGAUAUAAUAAGGUUGGAUAGAAAGAAAAGAAAAACUGGAUUAAAGGAUUCAUAACAACAAAUGUGUUCCUGAACAGACAAUGCCAGUAUAGACAGGUUUUAAUCAACUUCAUUAAGUAAUUAAGAAUUAUAAUUAUGGAUUUUUUUCAGUUUAUAGUAAACUGCUUUUAAAGAUAUAUAAAAUUAGGAAUCCUUUAUGAAGCAUUGAUUAUACAAAAAAUAUGGUAAGUUGUAUACAGUUCACAAACAAGUAAUCAUUAUUUUUUUCCUGUUUCCUUACCUGAAUGAAAAUUUGUAUUUUUUCCCUGCUGAAAGCUACUCAUGUAGUCUUCCCUUGCAUGUAUCAUGCAAGUUACUGAGUCUUAAUUUUAAUUUUCAAGAAUUGUUUUACCAUGUUCAAACAAUCACUGACAUUUAGUUGUAGUAAUCAAAUUAUUCAAUAUUCUCCUUUAGUAUUUAUUAUGAAGCCAAAUUUGAUAUAAGGGGGCUGAUUUGUGAAUUAGCAAAAGGUCUGGUUGCAAUGUUCUCAAUAUGAGCCCUUAGAAGAACCAUUAUUUUUUAUUUUGGCCCUUUCAGGAGUGGAUUGGUUGAUUGGCUUUCAAGUCAGAAUCAGAGGACAUAAAUAGAACUGGUACUGUGAAGACCUGAGGUUUUCUAAAACAUCAGUGUUUAUAUGGUUAACUACUACUACAGUAACUAGCAAGAGUUCCUUCCUUAUAGACCUACUGAUGAACACAGUACAAAUAAAUUUCUUUUGAGGGCAAGUAUUUUAGGUUAACACAUGUACUUCUUUCCCCUACCCUUAACCAAGAAGAGAAAUCUUUACAAAGAAAUUGCAGGUAGGCUUUUAAGCUUAGUAGUGUAGUAUGCUGCUAACAUUAAUGCUGCACCUACGGUAUUCUUUGACCACCUUACUGUGGAUGUACUCAUACAUACUGUAGUGUUUAACACGGUAGAAUUUUAUUACAGAAGAUGCUAACUAGAGAGGUGAGAGAAUAAUUGAUGGGCCUAAAUAACCAUGCAUUGAAUUAACUUUUAUAGUAAAUCCACAGAAUUGAGGAAAGAUGUUUACUAUGAUUUAAGUCAUUUGAUAGCUUUUAGCCCAUUAUACCAAAGAUGUUAUUUGCAGAUUCUCUCCCACCCUCCUCUAAUAUUAUAAGAAAUUUCAUCUUAAUAUCUUUCCUAAACUGGAACCAAAUAUAAAAAGAUACAUUCUUCAUGAUUCUCUUAGUAUGAAAUGUAUGCACAGGAAUUUUGAUUCUUUGAAAUGAUUGAAGACCUAGACAUUUUCUUGUUGAGAUGCAGGGUAAAGAGGUAAGUGUUCAUAUCUCUUCACCCCUAACCUUUGGGGCAAAUUUUAUCUCAGGUGAUUUUUCUUUCUGUGCUUCCUUCCCUCUGGCCUUCUCAGUUUCUUCCUUAUUGUUCAUGGCAGUGCCAUGGCACAUGAUGCCCCAGGAAAAGCAUGAUAAGUGAUUAUUUUAGAGGAACAUGGGUUCUUGAAAAGCAUAAUUGGAAGAGAUAGCAAAACUGUAUAGUUAGAGGAGAAAGGAAAUGAAUUGCACUAGCUAAAAGUAAGUGCUGACUGCAUUUUAAAAUAAUUGAAGAAAAAUACUGUCCUUGCAAUAAGUGAUCUUGUUUAUGAACACUGGAUGUCUUCCUGGCUUUUGUGGCCAACAGAGUAUCUCUCUUUAGAGACAUUCCCUUUCCAGUACCUUGAGCCAAAACUAUGGCUAUAAAAGAACAAAAGCCACAAAUACAGUUUUACUCAUCCUGUUCAUUUUAAUUUAGAGGUGUGUAACUUUCUCUUGGUACCCACUGCUGAAGAGUUUUGAGAUAGGUUGUUAACCUGCUAGUAACAGUGCUGCUAUGUAGAAGAAGUUGAAGAACAAGUAUAGGCAUAAAUCUUAUUUCUGUUCCUACACUGGACUUUGUUCUGGUAAGAGUAUCAGUUAUGGAAUAAAUUAAAGGCAGAAUU